AUGGAAGGUAAAAGGAAAAAAGAUGAUAUUACUAAAAAUACACUUUUAACAUAUUUUUCAAAAAAAAGUCGUAAUAAUAAAGAAAGCUGUGAUGAUGAUCAUCUAAAUCAAACUAAAACUAAUGACCCAGAAACACAGAAUAUUGUAUUGUCAGUAGAUCAGCCUUCAUGUUCGACAUUAAAACAAGAUGAAAUUAUUGAUAAUGAAUUGGAAACUAAUUUUAGAUCAAAUGAUAUAGGGCUUUUUACUAAUUGUACACAUACUGAUGCUGAUAAAAAGCUUGUGCUUAGAAAUGUGUGGGUACCAAAUAAUUUAAUUGGCUUGUUUAUUCAGAAAUUAAACAAGGAGUUUUUUGCAAAUACUGUUUGCUUUUUGGCUUUUGCUAAAUAUGGCGGUAUUGGUGGCCAGCCUCUGGGGCAACUAGUUUCAACUGCUUUUUCAAACUGGAAAAAAGCAAAAGAGACAUUUCGAAAUCAUUCCCAGUUGAAAUACCAUUUAUCGUCUGUAUUAGAUGCUGACCAUUUUUUAACUAUACUUGACCAUAAACAAGUUACUAUAAUUGAAAAAUUAGAAACAAAUAGGACAGAAAAAAUUAAAUUGAAUAGAAGUCGCCUAAUUCCAAUAAUUGAAUGUGUCAUAUUUUGUGGACAACAAGAAAUUGCACUCGGUUUUCCUAUGUUGGCUGUUCAUAGAAAUGUCAAAGUGGACCCUGAAGAAGUGCUUAAUGAAUUAGCAUUAAGACCACGUAGAGUGGAUCUUUUAUUGUAA